AUGAGGUUUUUAAAUUGGAGAAGGACAGAAGCAACAAAUAGCAGUGGUCAAGGAAAAAAUUCAAAUUUUACCCAUAAAAGUAGGAGACCUCCGAAUACUGCGUUUAGGCAGCAAAGAUUAAAGUCAUGGCAACCAAUUUUAUCACCCCAGAGUGUCUUACCAUUAUUGAUAUUAAUGACAUGUAUAUUUGCUCCAAUUGGAAUAGGACUGAUAAUCAGCACUCUAAGGGUUGAAAAUUUAAAUAUUAAUUACAGCCAUUGUGAAGAUUUUGCAACUAAUGCAGGGUUUAGUUCAAUUCCUAAAAAAUAUUACGGGUACUAUUUUAAGAAAUCUACCACUUUCAAGCCAGAAUGGAAGCUUAUUCAUAUUAAUGAAGAUAAUGAAGAUACAAAAAUAUGUCAGUUAAAAUUUGAGAUACCCAACAAUAUUAAGAAAUCUAUACUAAUUUAUUACAAAUUAACUAAUUUUUAUCAAAACCAUCGUAAAUAUGUGGAAUCAUUUGAUGAUAAACAACUAAAAGGAGAAGCCGUUAAAUUGGCCGAUUUAACUGCCAAUUGUAAACCACUUAAAAAUGAUGGUGAGAAAAUCAUUUAUCCAUGUGGAUUAAUAGCUAAUUCUUUGUUUAACGAUACUUUCCAACAACGUUUUGUUGGGGUUAAUAAUACAGAGGAUUAUGAAUUAACAAAUAAAAAAAUUGCAUGGAAAACAGAUCGACAUAAAUUUAAGAAGACUAAAUACAACGUAACAGAUAUUGUACCACCGCCAAAUUGGUAUAAACUGUUUCCAAAUGGCUAUACAGACGAAAAUUUGCCAGAUCUUAGUGAAUGGGAAGAGUUCCAAAAUUGGAUGAGAACUGCUGCGUUACCAAAAUUCUAUAAAUUAAUUUUAAAAAAUGAAACAGGCCAUUUGCCUAAGGGUCAGUAUAUUAUGAAUAUCACAUUAAACUAUCCAGUUACUAUAUUUGGUGGUAGCAAAUCUUUUGUGAUGACUACUAACUCAAUAAUAGGGGGGAGAAAUAUAGCGUUGAGUAUAGUAUUUAUUGUUGUAGCUGGUGUUUCUGCCAUUUUUGCACUGAUAUUUUUAAUUAAAGUAUUGAUUCAGCCAAGAUCAAUGGGAGAUCAUUCAUAUUUAAAUUUUGCGAAUACUAAUUCAUUAGAUACAGAUUCUGACAAUAAUAAUAUCAAAAAUAAUUUGCAAGAUCCUGCAAUAAGAAUAAAUAACAGGUUUAAUGAGUCGAAUCGAUUUGAGGUGCCUCCACCACCUGGUCCCGUAAGAGAAAUUUUAUGA